CUAAAAUGCAGCUUAAAAAUAAUCAUUUUAAAAAACCUAAAAAUACAUUGAAAGAUAAUUUUUUACCACCUGAUGGAGGGUGGGGUUGGUUUUGUUUAUUGGCAUUAGUACAAUCAUUCGGUUUAUUAUUUCGGGAUCGAUUGAAACAACUUGGAAUAUCUUCUUCAGAAACUACAAUAAUCUUAAACGUUAACCUGGCAAUGAUUGCUCUGAUAGGUUUAGCAAAUGGCCCAAUAUUUAGAAAAUACACAUUUAGAAAAGUAUCAAUAAUUGGCGCACUAGUAACUUCAAUAUCAAUAGCAAUUCUAUCAACACUUACAUCUUUCACGGGAAUUCUUAUCUUCUUUGGUAUUCUCUACGCUGGUGGAUUAGGAAUAACAAUGUCAGCAAACGCUCUAGCGUUAAACACAUACUUUAAAGUUAAAAGAAAAAUAGCAGUUGGUUUUACUUGGACUUGUACUGGAUUAGGACCAAUAAUAAUGCCUCAACUGAUCACGGCUUUGAUGCCAAUUUUUGGAGUUCCCGGAACUCUGCUUAUUCUAAGCGGAAUUUGCAUGAAUGCAGUUGCAUGCGCGUUACUUCUGCAACCAGUCAUGUGGCAUGCAAAAAAAGCCACCAAGGAACCGGAAGAGAAAGAACUGCUGGACGAUAAACUUAAGAACAAAAUUCCGGAAAGAAGAAUUAGUAAAUUUGGAAGCCGGUUUCUUUACUAUGACGAUGAAGUUGAAAGAAUUGACGUUGUUGAUCCUGGAACGCCGAUGAUGUCACGUUCUAAUGACGGAUGGUUUUCGAAGAAACAUACUUCUGUAACUUCUUUCGAAAACGACUCGAACAAAGAUAAAUUCGUCGAACAACCAAUUCCAUUAAUAGUAGUAACCGAAAUUAUCCUUGGAACGAAUAUAGAAAAAGAAGUAGAGCCAAUAUUCGAAAUGGAUCCAUCGGAGAAAAAAUCUUGCUUAAAAAAAUUUCUUGACUCCGUCGUAGUAUUCUUCGACUUUGAUCUCCUUCGGGACCAUGUUUUCCUCAACAUAAUUAUGGGAAUAAGCUUAGCGAACUUCGUAGAGAUGAACUUCGCCAUGUUGACGCCCUUUAUUUUGGCAGAAUACGGGCUCCAGAAGCCCCAGGUUGCUACAGUGAUGUCUGUGUUAGGUGGAAUUGACGUUUUAGCAAGAUUUUUCGUUCCUUUUGUCACUGACAUUAUAAAACUGAGCAACAGGACGUUUUUCUUGAUUGGUGUCGCUUGUAUGGCUGCUGGACGAAUAAUUUUAGCUCACAUAACCUCUUACGAAGUGAUUCUGAGCAUCGGAGUGCUUAUAGGGUUCGGAAAAGCGCUGAGAACAAUUUUUAUGGCGCUAGUUAUCCCGGAACAUGUUCCUUUGGAAAGAUUACCAGCGGCUUCAGGACUUCAGCUGAUCAUCAGCGGCCUACUGUCGAUAAUCUUGGGCCCAAUUAUUGGCCUGCUCAAAGACAUUCUGGGAAAUUAUUCAUCUUUACUUCAUAUUAUUAAUAUUAUAAGCUACCUGACCAUUUUUACG